AUCUCCUCCCAUUGCUUUAAAUAGCUGAUGUAUCCCGUCCGUGACCUGUACAGAAACGUCACUACUUUGAGAAAUCAAGCAGCAAUCCCAAGCAAUUUCUACUCUUUCCUCCUGAUAUAAUCCUUGCUCAAGGUCGAAGAUCGGAAAAUGUCGUUGAUUCCAAGUUUCUUCGGUGGUCGAAGGAGCAACGUAUUCGAUCCUUUCUCCCUCGACGUUUGGGAUCCCUUCAAGGAUUUCCCUUUUCCUUCUUCCCUGUCAACCACCGCGGGGGAUAAUUCUGCAUUUGUGAGCACACGGGUGGAUUGGAGGGAGACCCCAGAAGCGCAUGUGUUCAAGGCGGAUCUUCCAGGGCUGAAGAAGGAUGAGGUGAAGGUUGAGAUCGCGGAUGACAGGGUGCUUCAGAUAAGCGGAGAGAGGAACGUGGAGAAAGAAGACAAGAACGAUACAUGGCACCGCGUCGAGCGAAGCAGCGGCAGAUUCAUGAGGAGAUUCAGGCUGCCGGAGAAUGCUAAAAUGGAUCAGGUGAAGGCUUCCAUGGAGAACGGUGUGCUUACUGUUACCGUUCCUAAGGCAGAGGUUAAGAAGGCCGAUGUUAAAGCCAUCCAGAUUUCUUAAAAAGAAUGGUAAUCAGGGUUUUUGUGGGUUUGUUUUGGAGAAUAUGCAUGUCUUUGUAAGUGCUGAAUCGUCUAUGUUUGUAAAAUAGUGUGCUCUGCAAUAAGGUGUGUCUUGAAAGGAGAGCGUCCUGUAAGCUUUGACGCGUGUGUGUCUGUGUAAAUUUACAUGAGUCUUGAUCUGUGUUAUUGUAAUAAAGUGUGCCUUUUUUGUUAUCUUUGAUUUGUUGUUUUUGCUUGACUUCGUUUAAUGUUUGAUGUCUAAGCAAUUCAAAUUCUGCGCUGUAAAUGAAAAAUGCUUGUCUAUCAUGGAAUGUUUAGAU